AUGCCAGCCCCAUCAUGGCUUAGACGAGCUGCUUGCUCUGGCUUGAGUGGGACCUUGCCGGGCUUGCAUUUUCGCUUCUGUACUGUUCAGAAGCGCCCCUUCGCCGAUAGUACGAGCCAGGAAGCUCCAUGGAUAGUACGAGCCAGCGAAGCCAACCAUCAGGCUUUGGCUGCGGAGAGCAUCUCAAAGCAUGGCUUUGUCAUAUUGAAGAAUUUGUUUGAUGCAGAGGAGUUGAAGACUUUGACAGCACCCGCCACUUCUAAGGCCGAAGAAAUCAUGAGCACAUUAAGGAGUAAGCGCGUCUCCCUGGGGAUAGGCAGUCGUGCUGGGUUCCGCGAAGUUUGUUUGCGAUCGCCUGGCCGGUAUGACAUCCCUUGUGAGUUCAAGGAGUUUCCAUCAGAACUCCUGGAAAGAAUUGAGAGCAUCGCAAGCAAAGUUCUUGCCGACACGAAGUCCUCAGCUGAAGCUGGCAGGGCACAAGAUCUGGGUAUACCCGGUAGAGCCUUCGCUGGUUUGGUUCGAGCUCAACCGAAAUCAGAGGCACAAAUCUGGCACGCUGACUCACCGCACAGUGUACCUGAACAUCAAGGUCCACAUUUGUUGAAUGUUUUGGUGCCAUCGGGCAGCGUCACCAGCGAGAUGGGACCCACUGAGCUAGUGCCUGGUUCGCACUUGUUGACCAACCAUUUAAAGGAUUCAGCGCAGUUUGGCACAGAGAUCCUUUACCAAUCUGAAAGCAACUCUCCACAGAUGAUUGGUUCAUCCGAAGAACCGAUCGCGGCCACCAUGGAUGCAGGUUCCAUACUGAUUUUUGAUGACCGGGUGCUUCAUAGAGGAGGGCAGAACCGCGCUGCACGUGACCGAGAUGUCACCUUCUUCAGUUACACUAAAGCUGACUUCAUGCCGUCCACCUAUUAUGAGUCCGUCCGUACCCUGAAGACCUAUGACCACACAGCCAUGGCUGCGACCAUUCGGUCAGAAUUCCCGGGUCUGAGACAUGGUAAGGAUGCCCCUGUGUUGGCAGAUGGUGCCAGCGGCUCCCAAGUGCACCAGACACUUGGACAAGUUAAGAUGAGUGUGUUGGAAGCCAUGAUGGAGCAGCUUCGUUUUGGCACAGCGAACAUCGGCGGCAGCUAUGACUCCAGCCGCCGUGCGGAACAAGCAGUGGCCAGCGCACGCAGUGCCAUGGACCUUUCUCGCUGUGCCUUGGACGGAAGCCCGGACGCUGUCGGAGCCGUGGUAGACCAUCGAACACGUUUGGUGGCCAUGGGUGCUGCCUCCAACGGCGUGGGAACUGCGCAUGACAUCACCAGCCUGUGUCAGAGAGCUCGUGACCUUUCCAAUGGAAAUGCCUGGACUUUUGUCGAUGCUGUUCACUAUGCUCCUCAUGGUCAUUUAGACGUGCAAAGCAUCGGCUGCGACUUUCUGGCAUGCUCUCCCUACAAGUUCUUUGGUCCCCAUGCAGGUGUCCUCUACGGGAGACGAGCUACCUUGGAAUCCCUUCCAGCUGAUCGCUUGGACUGUUCAGACAACUCCUUGCCAAGCAUUGAGAACGGCAACAUGUCCCGCUGGGAGUUGGGCACGCAGAACUAUGAGGCCCUUGCCGGUAUCACGGCAGCAGGACGCUCAGAAAUGCCCUCAUCACAUCUCAUCAGACUGUUUUACCAACACUGCAGCGUGCAUUUGUGCUGUUCUACGCACUCCCCCGCACACAGGCACACAGCCGGAUUUUUUUAG